AUGGGCCUUGGAAAACUAGAUCUGAACACCAAAAACAUGUUGAGCAUGGUAAGACUAGCUAGAGAUACAAAUAUUGGAUCAUCAAAACAAACACUUCUUAACUAUAAGAAAUGUUUAAAGGUUGAUAUUCCUUUGUAUGAGUUUAAUGAACUAGGCAAAACAGAAGCUUCUUCAACAAAAAACUUGACAAAUUUUAUAGAAUCAUUAUAUUUAUAA